AUGGAGUUGCCCCCAGCCUACCACUCUGCCUGUGCCCCUCCAUCAGCCGGACCAAGCAACUUCACUGCUCUGUCGUGUUUAUUUUUGUUUGUUUUGAACUUUGAACUCAUGCUCCGUCUUUCCCUUCCUACGCUCUUCUUGCUUUUUCCAAGUCGUCUCCUUCCCGACUGGACGUCCCGGUUGCUCCAUCACAGCAUCUUCCGACACGUCAUAUUUCUCCCACGCCUGCGGAUCCGACGCGAAACACCACAUCGAGGGACGAAGAGAGGGAGGUCCCUGUCAACCGACACUCAUUGUCUGCCUCUCGGGCCUCUUCAUCGCUACCACUACUGCCACUGCUACGAUCUACUAGCACCACUGGAGGAAAGAGUCUCGCACAGCCUGCUCAAUACUCAUAUGGUGACCUUGGUCUGA